AUGCCUCGGGUGGAGGGAAAGUCGGUGUACUUUGCCAUACAACCGCCCCGUGAGCAGAGCGCUCACCUCCUGUUCGUAUUGUCGUGGUUGGUAUACGUGAGGUUGCAGUUAGCUUAUAGCUCCACUGGUAACUUAUUCGACCGUCCGACGACUCAAUACCUUGAUAUCUUUCCUGGGAUGAGGACAAUCGUCUUUGCGGGUGUGCUUGGCCUCGCUGCUGCAGCGGUUAUUAGGCGAUGGGAUGACUGCCCGACAGGGGCGCCCGCUUGUUGUAUCUGGCAUCUCGUCGUACCCGGAGACACUUGUGCGAGCGUUGCCGAACAGGCUGGAAUUCCGCUCGAGCAGUUUUACGGACAAAAUCCCUCCAUCAAUCACAACAAUUGCCCUAACCUGCGCGCUGGAUGCUCGUACUGCGUCCGGAUGUGUGGACUCCUCGGUCCAUGCCCUUCGCUGACGCCAGGAUGCACCGAGUCAAGGGCCGUGGUAUCCGGAGAUACCUGCGAGAAGCUCAUCAACGCGCCAGGCGAUUGGAACAAAAUUAACCACUUUUUUGAUCUCAACCUCGGGGUUGAGAGGCCGGGAUGCACGAAUCUCAAGAUUGGCUGCAAAUACUGUCUUGCGAUUCCUCCUCAACCGUCAUGCCCAGGAGGGCACCUAUCUGAGCCCGUAAGAUCCGAGCAAACGUGCUGCGAACUCAUCGGCGACCCCUGCGAUGGAGCGAAGCUCAACAAGUUUUACGACCUGAAUCGGUCGGUGCUGUGGGGUUGCCCGAAUCUGCAGAUCGGACAGAGGGCGGCUCCUUUCCGGAAUCCCGAAGUAAGGCCGAAUGUUCCGAAUCCGAGAGCAGUCCAGACGCCCGCCAGGCAACUUGCGGAUAGGAAACAUGCCUACUUUGGCUACUACGAACACCUCACAUACCUAGGUGCUGAAUUACCUCGAAAGCAUACCGAGAACGUACCGUCUUCCGAAGCCCACACGCUAUCGAAUCCUCCCUCCGCUCAGGUCGACCACAUGGAACCGGAGCUCGAAUCCAUCAUCUAG